GUGACAGACGAAGGUUUAACUGAGGAAGAAGAGGUGAAUGAGGACUUUAAGGAUCACCCACACGAUGAAGGUCCUGCUAAUAAGUCUAACACAGUGGCUAUAAUAAAGCCGGAUGUGGUGGCACACGGCAAAGCAGAUGAGAUUAUCAUGAAGAUUCAGGAUGCGGGUUUUGUGAUUUUGGCCCAUGAGGAGAGAACGCUGAGUGAAGCAGAAGCUCAAGACUUCUAUCAACACAAAGCCGCAGAGCCUUACUUUCAGGAGCUCAUCCAAUUUAUGUCGAGUGGCCCGUCACAUGUGCUGGUCAUUUCUAAGACAGAGGGCUGUGAGGACGUCAUCCCAGCCUGGCGGGAAUUCAUCGGUCCACCGGAUGUCGAAGAGGCCAGGAGGACGCAGCCGGAGAGGUACUUCAUUCCCAGGAAAAUAAAUAUAUAG